GGGCUAGCGGCCUUUUGUGUGGGCAUAAGUUGAUAUAAUGUGCACUGCCCCAUACGGGAAUUUUCUGUCACUCAAUAUUCAGUAAUUUUAAAAUAUGAAUCAUACCAUUUUCUGUCCUACGACCAUCGAGACCAAGUGUGAGGCACAGCCACAGACCAAGACGAUGGAGUUCGUGGAGGAGGACGGAAGUCCUAUCGACGUCCAGGAAGUGAUCGAGUUUGCCGGUGCGGACCAGGGAUCUGCAGCUUCAGAGAUGAAAAGAGAAGUCAAGCGUGGUGGCAAAAGGCCAGGCCGACACGUGUCACAUUUCCUAAGAAAUCAGCAUCAUCGUCGCUCAAAGUAUUUAAAAACAACGCGAACCCUGAUAGCAAAGGCAAAGGAUCUGGAGAUCAGCACCGGUGCAAGUGUAAUGCUGCACAUCAACCACCCGGGCUACAAGGACGUAGGAUAUACCAGCGUUCCAGCAACGGUGGACUCGCCCGCUCAAGUCGAGGGGACGGCGCACACGCCAGCUUCGCCAGUUGACCUGCCUAACCCGGAGCAUAUACGACUGGCAGAGGAGGGUGAGCAGCGAAAAGAACCUUUGGAUUCCAAGACCACAGCGAAAAGAAAAGAGCUGAUUUGGCACGACGUUACCGAGCAACUGGACAUAACAAGGGACCGAGCAAAACAGCAGCGGAAAGGCACAAAAGACAAUUAUCGCAGCGUCCGUGCCAAGCCGCGCUCCCUGCCUAGCGGACCGGCUGCAGUAGCCUGGCGCCGCUUCAAGAGCAGCAGAAGCUGUACCUCUGUACCUUGGGCGCGGGCUCGGAUGCCAAGGCUACCUGCCCGAGUCUCCGGGGGUCGCACUCUGAGUUGACGCAUCUUGACGCCGCAGAAGGUGCCGGAGGGGAAACGCGUACACUCCAACACCUGAGCGCAGCGGCACGGAAACGCCCAGUGCUGUGGCACCAACAGGGGUGUCUUCGACGCUGGAUCAGCUGAACGCAAGGGAAGAAAUAGCAAAGAAAAGUAAACACGCGGGUUUUUUCACUGAACUAGACCAGAUGCUGGAACGCAUGGGAGAGCGCAAAGCGUGUGAGUUCAAAGCUAGAGUGUACGCGGAGGCCGUGAAGACUGCUUUCAAUUUGUAGCUUCUAGCUGAGUGGGCCAUACCGAAAGCUACAUGUUUUGUCGUGCACUGUUUCAAUUCUGUUCAGCCUGGAAAGUUGACCCAUGAUGUAUUGUGCUUUGUGAAGUUCAUAUACCUACCUAAGUUUAUAGCUUGCGGGAAUACGCGAGAUUGUACAUUGUAUUGUAUUUUAUUAUAUAUUUUCAUCAACCUC